AUGCUGCUUACUGGAGGUGACACCACGGCCACCACGAUAGAAUGGACCAUGAUACUUCUCCUCAACCACUCGGAAGCAAUGCGAAGGGCUUGCGACAAGAUAGAAUCCGAAGUAGGACAUGAUCACCUCCUCAAAGAAUCUAACCUCACUAAUCUCAACUACCUUCAAAACGUCUUUAGCGAGACAAUGAGGUUGUAUCCAAUAGCUCCGCUUCUGCUUCCGCACGAAUCCUCGGAGGACACGACCAUUGGGAACUUCCAUGUUCCGCGAGGCAUGACGUUGCUGGUAAACGCGUGGAGCCUUCACCGGGACCCCAAGCUAUGGGUGGAUGCUGAGAGAUUCAUGCCCGAGAGAUUUGACAAUGACAAAGAGAGUACCGAAGGGUUUAAAAUGAUUCCUUCGAUGCCGGAAGGCAAGCUUGUCCCGGGGCUGCUCUUGGGAGGAGAGUGGUGGAGUUGGCGUUGGGAGCAUUGCUCCAGUGCUUCGAGUGGCAGAGAGUUGGCUCGGAGGAGAUCGACAUGA